GAGUCAUACUCCUCACCGGUGGCAGAUAUCUUUCAAAUUACAUACAUAUCUAAAUACUCAGAAAAGAGCAGUGUUUCAAAUUGUGUUGGUAUUACAGGUUAAAAUCAUCUCUUCACUUUGUUGAAUAAACCAAUUUCCUGUGCAAACCCUUUCGUCCAGCCAAAAGAAAGAAAGAACGAACGAAAGAAAAGAAAAAGACCAGAAACAACUGAGAGGGAGAGUAAGACACACACAUACACACACACACACAGAGAGAGAGAGAGAGAGAGAGAGAGAGAGAGAGAGAGAGAGAGAGAGAGACAGAGAGAGAGAGAGACAGAGAGAGCUCCCUCACACUUCUCUUUUUCCCACAAUGGCUUCUUCCCCAUUCGUUAUCAAAACGCCCUGUUCAUCUGCCAAUAUCGGUCCUGGAUUUGAUGUGAUCGGCCUGGCAUUGUCGCUCCACCUUGAACUCCAUGUCACUAUUGAUUCCGCCAAAGCCUCACAACAUCCUCUGAAUUGCGUCGUCACAUAUGAUGAUCAAAGCAACAGCGCGGAAGAGAUCAGUCUGGAUCCGGAGGUGAACUUGAUCACCCGUGUAGCUCUGUAUGUACUUCGAUGCCAUGAUCAGAGAGCAUUCCCUGCGGAGACCCAUGUCCAUAUUGUAAAUCCUAUUCCUCUGGGUCGGGGUCUCGGUUCGUCUGGUACUGCAGUGGUGGCCGGUGUGAUGUUGGGCAACGAAGUAGGCCGCCUCGGAUUGAGCAAGGAACGGCUACUGGAUUAUUGCUUGAUGAUCGAGCGGCACCCGGACAAUGUCGCUGCUUCUCUCUUUGGGGGUUUCGUCGGAACUUACUUGAAUGAACUCAAGCCUGAAGAUAUAGCUCGCAUAGAGAUUCCACUGAGUGAAGUUUUACCCGCCCCGGCGGGGGGUAUCGAUACUGGCAUACGGCCUCCGGAGCCUCCAAUUGGUAUCGGCCACUAUAGGAAGUUUCAGUGGGCCAAGGAGAUCAAGGCUAUCGCAAUUAUCCCAGAUUUUGUGGUGCCAACCGCCAAUGCACGAGGUGUCCUACCCACUGCAUAUUCAAGAGCCGAUGUUGUCUUCAACCUACAACGUGCUGCCUUGCUCCCUGCAGCAUUGGGCACAUCUCCUCCCGAUCCAGAUAUGAUCUAUCUAGCCAUGCAAGACAAGGUUCAUCAGCCAUAUCGGAAGACCCUUAUCCCAGGUCUAACGGAAAUACUCCAAUCUAUGAACCCGAACACGCAGCCGGGUCUGCUUGGAAUAUGCUUAUCGGGAGCAGGGCCAACAAUCUUAGCUUUGGCUACGGAUAGGUUCACUGAGAUUGCAGACCGUAUUAUUGCUAACUUUGCUUCCAAUAAUAUAACCUGCCAAUGGAAGCUCCUUGAGCCUGCCCAGGACGGGGCUACGGUGCAUUAUUAAUAUCAUUGCAUACCUUUCGUCCUAUGUGCCCCUAGAUAGGGAUAAUCAGGGGCGAGGAAUGAAUAUUCCGUUUAUCAUAACCAUGGCUACGUUCUGAAGGGGAUAUCGUCAGAGUGGUUCUUCCCAUGGCCGAGUUGGUAAGGGACGGGUGAAGUCAGCUUAUUUUUUAACAAAAUUACCGACAGGCAGGGUUCUUAGAGAAGUAUAAAGAGAAGUUGUGGGUGCUCUGGAUUUUUGCCCUUUACUUUACUUUUAUUUUACUAUAUUCCUUCCUUUAUACUUUUAGUAGUUCCUCUCCUUCGUUUUCUGGUUCCUCUCAAGAGCAUACUGCCCCAUUGAAGUGCCCCAAAUUGGUCAUCUUGGCCAAGGCGGUAAAGGCCGACUUGGACGGUUAAUCUCCGCCUCCCCAUUUAGCACUCACAGCUCUUUACCUAGGGAUUCCAACUGUCAUCUUCAGCAUUCAUAGUUAUCAUUUGUUUAAGUGUUUAACCAUACCUUAGUUAUUACUUCUAUCCUUGAUUCGUUUUUUUUUUUUUUUUUUUCGUUUGGUGGGGGAAAAAUACCAAACCAGUUACCA